GGAAGUCGCAAGCUAGCAUAUGCGAAGGUUGGAUCUCCACUAUUACUUCUCACUUCGACAAACACAUACCGCCGCAACCGACAAACGGGCUCUGGGAUCCCCGUCCCAAUUGCUGCUGGACCAUCUGCUGAGGAGAUGUUUUCCUGACAUUGGAUACUGAGCUCUUUCAUCGCCCCAUUUCCCCCUUUUCGCCGCUUUCCUUUCCCCACUAUGGCCGAGACGGGUAGCAACACGGCUGCGUCGACGGCGCAGAGCUACAAGCAGCUAAAGGAGGACUUUGUGUCGAACCUCUCCGGCGGAUCAGUGACCGAGAUCGCGCAUGUCUGCGCAGUGGCACCGGUCGUCGCCCUCCUGUGGUCCGUCCUUCAAGCUCGGCAGUCCUUCUUCAGGCCGUACACUUCCUUGGCCUUCAUAGUCGACUUCCUCCUGAAUGUAGGCGCCCUCCUGCUCUCUGUCACCCUUUACUCGAACGCGCCGCUGCUCCUCAACAUCCUCCUCCUGACGGCUGCCGCCUUUGUUUACUUCGUCCCUCCGAAUGUCCCGUCCGCGCGCAAGAAGCCCCAGCUCCCGCCCGAUGUCCAGUCUAAGACACCGGCGGACCCGCCCAGCGCCCUGUCCACCAAGCCGUUUCUGACCAACUACCGCGGCAACAUGAUGGUCGUCACCUGCAUAUGCAUCCUCGCCGUCGACUUCCGACUGUUCCCGCGCCGGUUCGCGAAGGUUGAGACCUGGGGCACGUCGCUGAUGGACAUGGGCGUCGGGUCGUUUGUCUUCUCAGCUGGCGUUGUCGCCUCCCGACCCGUGCUGAAGGAGCGCGCCGAGGGUAGGACCACACCCCUGAGCCACCGGUUGAUGCGGGCGCUGCGCCACUCCUUGCCACUCCUGGCUCUCGGCCUUGUGAGACUUCUCAGUGUGAAGGGCCUGGAUUAUGCCGAGCAUGUGACUGAGUAUGGAGUGCAUUGGAACUUCUUCUUCACGCUGGGUUUCUUGCCACCUUUCGUGGCGCUCUUCCAGUCGGCUCUGAAGGUAGUGCCCUCGUAUGCCGGCCUUGCGCUCCUAUUGGCCGUCUUGUACCAGGUCGUCUUGGAGAGCACGGACUUGAAGGCUUACAUUCUCGCCGGGCCCCGGACCAACCUGUUGUCCAUGAAUAGGGAGGGUGUCUUCAGCUUCUGGGGAUACCUCGCCAUUUUCCUCGCCGGCCAGGACACAGGCAUGUUUGUCCUGCCAAGGAGUCUCACUGCCCGCGGCGUGACCGGGACCAUCACUAGGUCCAAGCGCAAUACGCUUCUACUCACCUUGGUCGUGUGGUCGCUGGUCUGGAUCACGCUCUACUUCUUCUGCACCGACUACACCUACGGUGCGGGGUUGACCGUGUCUCGGAGACUGGCCAAUCUGCCGUACAUGCUGUGGGUCGUGGCCUCUAAUAGCACGCUUGUCUUAGCCUUCUGCCUGGUCGACACGCUCUUCUUCCCGGCGUUCUACAAGGCGCAGGACGCCAAAGCGGAGAAGGAAGCCUACAACACUGCGACGAGCCGAGUACUGAGAGCGUAUAACCGCAACGGACUGGCCAUCUUUCUGCUGGCUAACCUCCUGACCGGCUUGGUCAAUAUGACGGUGCGCACGCUAGAUGUGAGCAGCAUCACGACGAUGGUGAUAUUGGUUGGGUAUAUGGGAGCCCUGACCGCCGCCGCUGUCACGUUGGACAUGUACGAUAUCACCAUUAGAUUGUAGAUAAAGGGUGACGAAGGUGAGAUUUUGGUGUGACAGGUUCUGUCCAGAGCGGCCUGGCCUGGCAGCGGUAUCUCUUGGGUUGGGUGUCGUCAGAUCAUGCCCAUUUCUGAGCGUGCAGAAGAGUGAGACAUGCUGGCCGUUUGCAGCGGGUGAGUGCAGCCACAGGUGAUCGCUCUGCCU